UCACUUCCCCGCUCGGUGCCCGGGCCGGGUCCGGCCCGCCCUCCCGGACCGCCAUGGGGAGCCGCGGGCAGGUUUUAAAGGUUUUUAAGUUGUUACACCGAACACGGCAAGAAGUUUUUAAAAAUGAUACCAGAGCCCUUGCAGCUGCAAGACAAAAGAUAAAUGAAGAAUUCAGAAAUAACAAAGAUGAGACAUCUGAGGAGAAGAUAAAUGAGCUUCUGAAAAUAGCUUCGGAUGUUGAAGUGAUUCUUAGAACUUCUGUUAUUCAGGCAAUUCAUACGGAUUCUGACAAAAUAGUGCUCGUACCCAGGAAAGAUCUUCUACAAGACAACACUCCUUACUUAGAUAAACCCACAAAAAAGCAAGAAUCCUGAGGAAAAUACGCCCCCUCUCCCCAGAAAGUUAAUAUUCUGUAAUGACAUCUGUCACAAUCAACCAACAGUGUAUCCCUGUUUUGAAGCUAAAUUUUGAAAACAGGAAAACUGGUAACAAACCAGAGGCUGAAGCCAACUCGCCGUUUUUAUUGAGUGCUGUGAUACCAUCGUGCGCUUCUUCUGUGGAAGCCACUAAUAUUUCUACAGAACUUAAAAGUACGCUGCUGGAUUGUGUUACUUCAGGCAGGAAUAUUUCUCGUUAUGACAGCUGUCAGACAGAGAUUGUUUCCUAGCAAUCCGGAGUUUGUCAGAGCUAAACAAAAAUGAAAUGCAGUUCUUAAUCCUGAUAAUAUUUAUUUGUAAGUUUCUUGUUGAUCAUAGGCUUCUUUGAAGUAAUGAAAAAACGUCCUGUGGCAUGUGCCGUAAAAUUUAUACUUUGCACUGAAAGCAUGAUUUCUGAAGUGGUCAUUAAUUGUACACUAAUAUCCUGAGAUUCUUGAGAGAGUUCUUAAGGGUUAUCUGAAUAAAUUAUUUUUAUUUUACAAACAGAA